AUGGUCCAGAGCUAUGCGGGCAUCGUGGAGAGCACAUCCCGCCUGGGCUCUGACGGCCCCGAGGACGACACCCUGCACGCAGUCGCUGCCCUGUACCAGAGCCGAGCCAACAGCCGGGAGUGGUCGCUGGACUUGGACUACGGCAGUGCAUCAGCGGAGACGGGCGUCGCCUAUUUGGGCAUGCUGGGCAUCGACUCCCUGCUGGGUACUGUGGCGGCCAUCGAGAAGCUGACGGACAUUGCAGUGGACGGGGAUGUUGGCAGCCCAGAGCACGGGCGCAGCGCGCUCGACAGGGAGAGCGUAGAGCGCUCCACCUGUGAGGCCAUGAUCGGGCUGUGCUGGCGCACUGUCCUGUCGGCUCUCAGCCAGCUCCUGGCGCACACCACUGGCGAGGCCCUCAUUGUGCAGCUCCUCAAGGGGUAUCAAUCCAUGACACAAGCUUGCGGCAUGCUGGAGAUGAAGGAGCAGCGCGAUGCGUUCCUGACCAGCCUCUGCAGGUUCACCCUCACAGACGCUGCCGACGCUGACCACCUGCUGGGCAACAGAAGCGAGGCAGCCGCCACAACUUCUGGCAUAGUGAUGGAUUCGGGGGAGGGGUCGGGGAAAGUGCUGACCGCCAAGAACGUGCAUGCGCUGCGCACGCUCUUCAACGUCGCGCACAAGCUGCACCCGCUGCUGGGGCCCUCCUGGCUGCUGGUCCUCGAGAACCUCAACUCCCUGGACCGCAUCCUCAACUCCCCGCGCACCACCACGCAGGAAGCGUCGUCAUCUGGCAGCACAGGUGGUCUGCCCAGUGAUCUGGCAAUUCUCUCAGUGGCGGCCAACCAGCUGUUUGAGAGCACGAGCUACAUGGGCACAGAGACCGUAGUGGACAUCCUAGCUGGCCUGCGCCUUGUCUCCAACCGAGCCCUCCCCUCAGCAGCCCAGCUGCCCGGCCAACCCAAGCUGUUUGCGCUGUCGCGCAUGGUGGACGUGCUGCUGUUCAACCUGAGCCGCGUGCACGACCUGUGGCCCAUCCUGCUGGACCACAUCGUGGAGCUGCUGUCAGACUCCAGGGCCGCCCUGCGCACCGCUGCCGUAGACGCCCUCGGCCGCGCCCUCACUGGCGCCCUUGCCGCCUGUGUCUCCGCGCCUUCCCAGCCUGGGGAUUCGGCGGAGAGCAGCGGCGCUGGCAGCGACUGGGGGGCCACGGAGCACAUGCUGCUGAUGGCGCUGGAGUCGCUGUACAAGGAUGCGGAGGAGCUGGACGUGCGCCUGGGCCUGCUGCGUGUCCUCCUCCAAAUCCUGCAGCGACACGGUGAGCAGCUGAGCACGGGGUGGGAUCCCAUCCUGCGCAUCCUGGAGGCGGUGCCGGAGGUGGAGGAGCAGGCGGCCGUCGUGGGCCUGGCCUUCCAGAGUGUGCAGCUGCUGGCCAGUGACUACAUGUCCGCCCUGCCGCCCCAGCUCCUGCGCAAGUGCCUGGAGGUCGCAGCGCUCUACGGCGCCCAGCAGGCGGAUGUAAACGUGAGCCUGACAGCGAUGGGACUGCUGUGGAACGCUGCGGACCUGCUGUCAAAGAUGCAGCUGCAGAGCGAGGCGGCCAGCGGCGGCUCCGAGGCGCCGGUGCUCAGUUCUGCAGACUUUGAGGAGCUGCUCAGGCUGCUGCUGGGAGCCCUGCAGGGGCUGAGCACGGACACGAGGCCGGAGGUGCGCAACAGCGGAGUGAGGACGCUAUUUGCCGUGGUGGCCAGCCAGGGCACGCGGCUGAGCCACAGCGCCUGGGAGGAGUGCCUCUGGCAGAUGCUGUUCCCUCUGCUGCGCUCCGUGCACCACACAGCCGCCACAUCAUCCCGGGAAGAGGCGUGCUUCCCCUCCUUCCAGACCUACAUUGCAAAAUACCCCAUGCAGCGUCACGAGGGCAUGUCUCACUACAGUGCCUGUUAA